AUGUCGAUGGCAACUUUCAGUGGAAAACGGUACUUCGUGACAUUCAUUGAUGACAAGUCAAGAUACUGUGUCGUCUAUCUGCUCAAGAGCAAAUCUGAAGUUGCGGCGAAGUUCAUGGAAUACGCUGCGAUGGCCGAAACGCAAACCGGAAAGCGCGUGAAGUACCUUCAAAGCGACAAUGGGGGUGAAUACAAGUCCGACAAGCUGGCACGAUUCUGCGCGGAACGGGGAAUACAACAAAGGUUCACACCCCCAUAUACUCCUCAGCUAAACGGAGUAGCUGAGAGAAUGAAUCGCACGCUGGUCGAGUGUGCGCGUUGCAUGAUGGAACACGCUGGACUGGGAAAGAGCUACUGGGGUGAAGCAGUGAUGACGGCGAUGUUUCUUCGAAACCGCUGUCCAACACGUGCCAUUCACCAAGACAAGUCUCCAUAUCAAGUGUGGACGAUGAAGAAACCGAUUCUGGCCAACCUUAAAGUGUUUGGAUGCCACGCGUAUGUUCAAGUGCCUCAAGACAAACGCGCGAAGUUCGACUCCAAGUCAUCACUCUGUCGUUUCCUGGGAUACGCCGAACACCAGAAGUCAUAUCGAUUUGAGGAAGUGUCAACAGGAGCGAUCAAGAUCAGUCGCGAUGCCACAUUCAUGGAAGACAAGUUUGAUGAAGGUCCGCGCAACUACAACGAUGAGUCAAGUGUCGUUGAGUUUGAUGAUCAUGAUGAGGACGAAGAAAAAGAAGAAGGUAAAACUGACGACGACAUGGACUCGAGCGACGAUGACAACGAAGACACCAGGUCUUCGAAGAGCAACAUCAAGAGACACACGCGCACUCAAUCACUUGAGAAAGCUACCGUCAUUCCAAGUCCCAAGCGAAGAACAUACAGAGGUCCGUCGCUUGAGCAUGUGUCAGCGGCUGCAAUGGAUUUUGAAGCAGCCUACAUCGUUGAUUCAGUGGGGGAAACGCCGACUACAUUCAAGUCGGCGAUGGAAUCAAGCGACUCCGGCAAGUGGAAAGAAGCGUGUGACUCGGAGUUCGAUUCGCUUCAGAGAAACGACACGUGGGAAAUCGUGCCUCUUCCGAAAGGUCGCAAGGCCAUCGGGUGCCGAUGGGUUUUUCGUGUAAAGGAGAAUCAAGAUGGCGAAGUUGAACGUUUCAAGGCAAGACUUGUGGCCAAAGGAUUCUCACAGAAAUUCGGAGUUGACUAUGAAGAAACUUUCGCACCGGUGGCCAAGUUCACAUCGAUUCGUGUGGUGCUCAGUAUGGCGGCUAAGUACGGCCUAAUGCUACAUCAGAUGGACGUCAAGACAGCGUUUCUUAACGGCUCCCUCAACGAAGACAUCUACAUGGACCAGCCGGACGGAUACCUGGAUGCAACACAGCCGGACUAUGUGUGCAAGCUAAAGAGAUCACUCUACGGCUUGAAGCAAUCGCCUCGCAUGUGGAACCAAACAAUCGAUGGGUUCAUGAUCAAGAUGGGAUUCAAGAAGUGCGAAUCGGACCACUGCAUUUACAUCAAGCGAGACGACCAAGACAUGAUUCUCGUGGUGCUCUACGUCGAUGAUCUCAUCCUGGCCAGCAGCAACAACGAACUCCUCAAGUCAACCAAGAUGGCGCUGAGCAAACGCUUCGAAAUGACGGAUCUCGGUGAGCUCGAUUACUUUCUCGGCAUGGAGAUCAAGAACGACCGUAAGACGGGAAUGGUGACUGUACAACAAACCAAGUUUCUCAAGUCCGUGUUAACCAAGUUCGGAAUGGAUAACAGCAAGCCAGUGAAGACGCCUCAAGAUCCCGGCCUGAAGCUAACCAAGAACAUGUGUGAACAAGAAUGCAAGCACGAAGACACCAUGUGCAACGUGCCAUAUCGAAGUGCUGUCGGAGGAGGCAUCAUGUAUCUCAUGGUCGCCACACGUCCGGAUCUAGCUGCUGCAGUGGGAUCAUUAUCCCAGUUCUCGUCCGACCCAUGCCCGACUCACUGGCAAGCUUUGAAGCGUGUGCUGAGAUACCUGCAAGCAACGCCCAAUUAUGGUCUUGAGUUUACACGUGAAGAAGGAAGCCGUAUCUGCGGGCACACCGACGCAGACUGGGCCGGCGACAUUGAGUCAAGACGAAGUACAAGCGGCUAUGUGUUCAUGAUGAGCGGAGGAUGCAUCAGCUGGAAAAGCCAGAAACAACGGACGGUCGCGCUAUCUUCAACAGAAGCAGAAUACAUGGCGCUUUCCGAAGCAACCAAAGAAGCAGUAUGGCUCAAAGUGCUUUUGGGGGAACUUGGUGAGAUGACAAGCGACGAAGCGAUCAAGAUGUAUGAAGACAACCAAGGAUCAAUCGCUCUCGCCAAGAACCCGGAGUUCCAUAAGAGAACAAAACACAUCGACAUACGCUACCAUUUUGUGCGUGAGAAGGUGGAAUCAGGUGAAGUCGUUUUGGAGUAUUGCCCGACUCAAGAUAUGCUGGCAGACAUGAUGACCAAGCCGAUCGCCGCUGUACAAUUUGAAAACAUUCGCGAUCGACUUGGGAUCCAAGGUGCCGCAGCUAACGAGUCGAGAGGGAGUGUUGAAAAGACAGCGGCUGUGAAGAAGACACCUCGUCAAGCUGCGUCAAGUGUUGAAGCAAGUGGAAGACCAAGCUUCGCUAUACCGGUGGGUACCGGUAUGUACCAGUAA